AUGUCCGUGUUUACUCCACCUAUCGGCGCAGCCUACUGAUUCUACCGAGUCCCGGUGAGCCUGAUGGAUUUACGCCUGCACUAAGACACUAUUAUUCUGCAUUCGGACCGUUUAUGAAGUUAAAUGACAUGGACUGCAUGUGCUCGUCACGAUGAGGGUCUGUCGCAUUUCCGUUCAGCUGCGAAAAAUGACCUUUACGUGGAUUAAAAUAGACGGAAAGUUAGUCGGAGGAAGGUGAAGUAAAGUGAAUAUAUUAGCAAGCAGCGCUAGCAGCGCGGCUCAAACAACACGUAUUUGAUAUUUACAUGUUGUUUGAUUCAAUAUAGUGGAGAUGUAAACGUUUAAAUAGUGUUUUAUAUAGUUUUUGUGUCACCCCGCUGUUGCUAAGUUAACGUUAGUGCUCUCAAGAUUAUUAGCUUGACUUGCUAGCAGUCAUUUGAACUAAAGUUACCUCUGAAGUCAGAAAAUGUUUGCCAGUUUAUUUACCACUUUAAGUAUAUUUUACGUUCGUUAACUUUUUAGCUUUGUCGUAUAAACGAAAAUUUCCAACAGAAAUCGUUCAGAGGUAUCUGUCAUAAGUGUCAACUAUUUCAGAUGUUUUUUCUAAAACUCCUUAGCAGAAGCAAAGACACAAAGACUGUUGACAUAGUUGAAAGCCUUAAUGCGUAUGGCAUAGGCUCGGAUUGUUCGUGAGAAGGAUAAAUAUUUGAGUUUAUUUCUCGUCUGAAAUUUAGAGGAGACACUUGUGAGAAUGCAGGGUCUUAAUAACAGAAUUGCAUACAACUCUCCACUUGUCUCCAUUUAAUCUCAUUGCUGUAUCUGAAACUUUUGAGAUUUACAAUAUAACGUAUAAGACAUGCUGUCAGUUUGCUGUAAUCGCAUUUAUAUUAGUUUACAUGAUUAGACGUCCAUAUAGCUGUGUACAUUAGCAACCUGCUUAUCCAUAACUUUAAUUUUGAAUGACCUCAGGAUUGAUAAGCUACAAAGAAAAAUGUCUGUGUACUCAAAACUACCCUCUGAGCUGAAGAAACCCCUUGUGAGAAACACCAUUGUCCUUCUUGUUGCUCUGUAUGGGGCAAAAAAACUUUCCCCUUACAUUUAUGGCAAGCUCAAGGGAAGGACUAGUAAACAGGUUAAGGGCACCGACCCGGUUACCACCAAUAGAGAACCCCAAGAAGUGGAAGUUGCAAAGAAAAAGAAAAGCUCCCCGGCUGUGAACCGCGAAUUCUUUGAGAGGUUGAUUCGUCUCUUGAAAAUCCUCUUUCCUCGGCUUUUCUGCAAAGAACUCGGCCUGCUCGGUUUCCACUCUCUAGCUCUCAUUUCACGCACAUUUCUCUCCAUCUAUGUAGCCAAUUUGGAUGGGCAAAUAGUGAAAACCAUUGUGAAGAAAGACCCCAGGGCGUUUGUGGUUGAGUUAACCAAAUGGCUGCUCAUUGCCAUUCCCGCCACCUUUGUGAACAGUGCCAUCCGUUACCUGGAGGGUCAGCUGACCCUCGCAUUUCGCACUCGAUUGGUCACCCAUGCCUACAUGAUGUAUUUCAGUGACCAGACAUAUUACCGUGUAAGCAACAUGGAUGGAAGGCUGGCAAACCCUGAUCAGUCUUUGACCGAAGAUGUUGUGAUGUUUGCUGGCUCUGUGGCUCAUUUGUACUCGAACCUGACCAAACCUAUCCUCGAUGUAGUGGUGACCUGUUACACACUCAUUAAAACAGGCGAGUCGAAAGGUGCCAACACCACAUGGCCCUCCAUCAUAGCUGGCAUUGUGGUGGCGUUUACUGCCAAGAUUCUGAGAGCGUUCUCUCCCCGCUUUGGUAAACUGGUGGCCGAGGAAGCCAAGAGGAAAGGCGACCUGAGAUAUAUGCAUUCACGCAUCAUCGCCAAUUCAGAGGAGAUCGCCUUCUAUGGAGGACAUAAGAUCGAGAUGCUGCAGCUGCAGCGGAGCUACACGGCGCUGUCCAAGCAGAUAAACCUCAUCCUGUUCAAGAGGCUGUGGUAUGUCAUGCUGGAACAGUUCCUGAUGAAAUAUCUCUGGAGUGCAUCGGGCCUGGUCAUGGUCGCCGUGCCCAUCAUCACUGCCACUGGAUACUCGAAAUACGAUUCAGAGGAUGUAAAACAGGCAGCCCUGGGGAUGAAGGAGGAGGACUUGGUGAGUGAACGCACACAGGCCUUCACCACGGCCCGGAACCUUCUGAACGCCGCAGCUGAUGCAGUGGAGAGGAUCAUGGUCUCCUACAAAGAGAUCACAGAACUGGCUGGAUACACGGCUCGUGUGUAUGAGAUGUUCGAGGUGUUUGAGGAUGUGCGUGUCGGAGUGUACCGUCGUUCAGCCUCAGAGGUGAAGCCAGAAAAGCCAGGGACGGCUGGGAAGAUAAAACAUGGCAUGAGAGUGGAGGGACCGCUGCAGAUCAGAGGUAAGGUGAUUGAUGUGGAACAGGGCAUCAAAUGUGAAAACCUACCCAUAAUAACUCCUACAGGGGACGUGGUGGUUUCCAGCCUGAACAUACAGGUUGAUGAAGGCAUGCAUCUGCUGAUCACUGGCCCCAACGGUUGUGGAAAAAGCUCUCUCUUCCGAAUCCUGAGCGGCCUCUGGCCCGUCUACAGCGGAGUGCUUUACAAGCCAUCACCCGAGCACAUGUUUUACAUACCUCAAAGGCCUUAUAUGUCGGUGGGAACGCUGAGAGAUCAGGUCAUCUAUCCUCACUCUGUUCAGGAGAUGCAGGAGAAAGACAUCACUGACCAGCAGCUGGAGGACAUCCUCAAAACUGUGAACCUCUGCUACAUCCUGGAGAGAGAAGGAGGUUGGGAUGCAGUGAGCGACUGGAAGGAUGUGUUGUCUGGAGGAGAGAAGCAGCGGAUGGGCAUGGCCAGGAUGUUUUACCAUAAGCCUCAAUACGCCCUCCUGGAUGAGUGCACGAGUGCUGUGAGUAUUGAUGUGGAGGGCAAAAUCUUUGAAGCUGCAAAGGAUGCUGGGAUUGCGCUUCUCUCUAUUACACACCGUCCUUCUCUCUGGAAGUACCACUCCCACCUGCUGCAGUUUGAUGGCGAGGGCGGCUGGCGCUUUGAAAAGCUGGACGCCUCCACACGGAUCUCCCUGCAGGACGAGAAGCUCCGGCUUGAGACCCAGCUCUCGGGAAUUCCCAAGAUGCAGCAGCGGCUGGUAGAGCUGUGCCGCAUUCUGGGGGAGGACAGCAGUCUGCCGAACCCAGGGGAAGUGGAGGAGGAUGAUGGGAUGGAGGGAGAGAGGGAGCAACAGAAGGAGGGGGAGGAGAAGGAGAGAGAUGUGGUAUCUGGUGGAAAAGGGAAAGACCUUAUGGAGUGAUUUGCAGAGAGAUGAUAGAUGCAUUCAAGGCCAGGUGUGAGCGUGUGUGUGUGUGUGUGUGUGUGUGUGCAUAUAUCAGCCCACAUAUGUUUUAGAUGCAUGCAUUGAUUAAAUCUGUUUCUAAUAGGGUUAGGAAGCAAAAACUUAAUCAAAACCAGUUCCAGUUUUUUUUUUUAAGAAAAUCGUUUUAAGGAUGUUUGGUUCCGUUAAUGGUUCUAGAACGUUUGUAUUCCACAAAGGAUUCUGAAAAAACACUGCAAGAAAAUAUGCAAAACACCUUGAAACAACUUUGCCGUUGUUAUGAUGAUCAAUGUGCAUCUUAUUUUUUUAGCAUUAUUUUUGUCAGCAAUCAACAGUUGAGUGUGUAAUUGUAAAUUUUCAUGAUUUCAAAAGACUGCUGGAACCUUUUCUUUUUCACAGACUUUGAUUACAUUUAGGGUUGUGAGCAGUGGCGGCUCCAGACAAUUUUGAUUGGGGGGGCAAUGGGGGGGUCCUGGUCUUUUCAAGGGGGGUCUCAUGAAAACCAACAAAAAAUACAGUGCACAUGGCUAAUAACUGCAUAUUUCUGCUACUAAACAACAAAAACACCUUUGCAAUGUAAACAAAUGACAGGCUACAUUUGUUAUUCAUAUCCUUCACACUGCACUUUCAUGUCAGGUAUAUUAUGCAUUUUUAUUGACAUUGAUAUUUUUACAUUUAUUUCCAGAUAGAUAUUAUUGAGUUUACAGGCUAAAGUGGUCUUGCUGUUGUAAACACUGUUGCUUUUGUAGAAAAAAUAUUUGCAUCACAUUUAAAAUAUAAUUAUAUUUUAAUUCAUUUCUGAAUUGUUUUUAUUUUUAUAAUGAUAAUUCAGAGAAUGAGAAAUUCUGAAUAAGCCUUACCAGUGUUGUGAUAAUUAUUUUUACGUGUUAAAAAUAAAUAAGUACUGUAAUAUAAUAAAAGUUUAUUCAAAUAACAUAAAAAAAGACCAGACCCCUCGAUGCCUGUGAAACUUUUCUCCCUCAAACAGCACGCUAGUGUUACUUCUACACUACAGGCUACACACAGCAAUAUAAACCACAUAUCUGCAUGUUCUCACAUCACAUCGUUCUUGUAAAAUAAUAAUAAGUAAAUAAACACCAAAAUCACUUCGCUGAGAAUGAAACACCGCUUACCAGCUGCCACGAUGUUGAAAAUAUGCUCUAGCAAUUAAAAAAUGCGCGUGCAGCAUGAGGAAUCUUCCCGUUUGGAUGAGGUCGUAGUCAGGUGAACGGUCAUCAUGUUGGUCAUUUUAUUUACGGCUAAAUUAUUAUUAAUAAAUUGUACUAAUAUUAUGAUUGGGCGUGGGCAGGCAUUCACAAAAGUUUAUGUUAUUACAAAAAAAAUUGAGGAAAUUUUGCUUUGACAAAAGGGCACUUAAGGGGCAAAGGAGCAGGUGCUCAAGUGAACCGGUUCUUUCGGACAAUUCGAUCAAAUAAACCAGCUGAAAAAAAAAUGGUUCACCGGUUCUUUUGCGCUCGAUGUAAUGCCGUCAUUGGCGAUGAUUGCCCUUCAUUCAAGCCUUUUGUUUGCCCGCGCUUAUAACAUUAGCAAAGAAUCAGUUCAGAAUCAAACACCAAAAGAAUCAGUUCGGUUCAGAUGCGCUCUGUGUCAGUCUGCUUCACGCUGAAUCACGCAUGCGCAGUUAUCAUCAGCUCAUCGGUUCUCGUAUCGGACGCGUCCGACAGAAACGGUUCUCGGUUCAGUGUAUGAAUAAAUGUCGAAAUAAUUAUUAUUUAUUAUUGUUCUGCGUAGUUUGAAGAGAAACAUUUUUGGAUCUUUAUCCCGAAUAUAUAUAUUUUUUAAUCAGGAAGAGGCUGGGGGGUCAAAUGGGGGGUCAAGGCAUUUUUUGGCAGGGUCUUGAGACCCCCCAAGACCCCCCCUGGCGCCGCCGGUGGUUGUGAGUCAUUCAAAACUGAAUUCAGGAUGUUAACCCUUGUGCUGUAAAACACCUUAACUAAUUUGCAUUUCCUGGUUAAAAAUUAUGCCUUUUAAAAAAUUGCUUAUACAAUUCUCAUUAUGCUAUAUUUUUCACCAAAUCUAGGAUUUGAUAUUUUCUUUCAAUCAGCAGAGAUUUUGUUUAUGUUUUUGAAACUGAUUGAUCAAAGGCCUCACUGAUCUGAGCUCAGUUAAAAGCAUUAUUUGUGGAUCAUUUGAGCAAUAUUCAUUUAAAAACUGAGGUGCAUAAGCUCAGACCAAGAUAAGAACAGGAGAACCCGUUGUUUUUUAUCCAAUGCCUAAAAAAAUAAAUAUUUUUGAUUCUUCACUGUUGAAAUCUCAUUUCAUAAUUUGACAACAGGCUUCCAAGGGUAGUGAAUUUAGGACAAUUAUUUUCCAAUCAUAAUCCAUCCCGCUUCAAAAGAACCAUUAACAGGACCAUUGAUAUAACAGAAUCAGAAUCAGAUUCCCAUCUGUAGUCUCUAGACAGAAAACGCACAGUGAGAACCUCAAAAGCUUUUGUUAGCUGUACAAAGACACUGCGGUUAGUGUGUGUGUGUGUUUGUUUGUUUAUGUAUAUAUGUGUGUGUGUUUGUGUGAGGGUAGUACUCAAGGUGGGUGUGUUUUGGAGGGGGUGGGAGACAGCUGCCAACUCCACCAGGUGCGGUCGAUGAUGAAAGCACCUAUGAAAGCUGUUCCUCUUGCUCGUUAUCGCUGUUCUCUGAAGAAUUCUCUGGAAAUCUGCAGGACCCAGGCGGCGCGUGCGUCUGUGCGUUUGUCUUUAGGGAAAGGGUGACAGUCGAGUUUGGGCUCUGCUGUUUUGUAUCAUUUCAGGGGUGAUAUUUUCAAACUUCUAAGGAGUUGACAUGAAUGCUGUAGCUCAAAUCCUGCCAUGUUUUAAUGCAAAAUCAAAAAGGGGAAACUUGUCCACAGUGUAGAUGAUAAGUUCUUUGUUUUUCUCUAAUACUAAUAGAUAUUUGAACAAUGACCACAUUCACAUGCACAUAAAUGCUGUGUACAUGUAUGCGGGAAUAUCCUUAUAUGAUGUUAUAAACAUCUUUUGUGUGAUAAUGUGCAAGUAAUUGUGGUCAAUAAGAAAUGGCAAAAAAAUUUAUGUUUUUUUUAUUCUUUAAACAAUCAACAAGAAGCUAUGGAAGCUUGUUCGCACCACAGAAUACAAUAAAUAAAUAAUUGUUAUUGCACAUUUUUAAUUGUACAAUUCCGAUUUGUUUUCUUGCAGUUCUGAGAAAAAAGUCAGACAUGCAGGAUAUAAACUCAGAAUUGCAAGAUUAUUAUGAGACAAUUAUGAGAUAAAUCCAUAAUUCUAAGAAAAAUGCCUGAUAUGUGAUACAACAGUCAUACUUUUUAUUUUUUAUUUUUUAUUCUGUGGUGGAAACAAGCUUCCAUGAGAAGCACCUUUGAAGGAAAGUUUUCCAUUCAAAUGAAAUGUCUCUUUUUUUCUUCAUUAGAUAGACAUCAGUUAAACCUUCAUCUCUAAUCAUGUCCAUUAGAGGAGAUAAUGUUCUUCUAAUAAUGAAACUUUCUUGCUCUAAUUGUGUUAAAAAAAAAAAAAAAAAAGCCUGAGGUUAGAUUGCAUAUGACUUUUUAGAAAAAAAAAAACAAACCAAGGGCUGUAUUCUGUUGGUCUGAGCGCAGAGCCUGAAGGAACGCCCAUAGACACAUGAUGAUUAAAUCAGUUCUGAUUCAGCCCGAGGUGAUGGCGUCUGAUAUUGGUGUUGUGUUAGUUGUAGGGUGAUGACCACUAGAGUUAAUCUGAACAUUAACCAGAUCUCUUCCAGCUGAGACAUUUCUUUAAAGUGUCCUUAGAAUUUCAGUCUUUUAUGUAACGUUUCAAACUGCUUUUGUUCUCGUUGUGUGUUGAUUUCACAAGGUCAGUCACUUGAAAGAUGUUAAAGGAUUGUAAGAUUUAAUCACAAAGAAAUUUCCAUUUAGAAGAAAAAGCUGUCCACAAUAUUUCUAUGACAUUGAAUUUAAUAAUGUCUGUAUUUUUUACUGAAAUAUUUUAUAAUGUGAGAUUUUGCACACCUAAUGCACAGAUGAUUUUGUAUCUUGAACCACAAAUUGGUUAUAUUUUCAUUGCAAUAAUUUUUCAAACUAAUCUUUUACCUUUGCUAACGCAAACAAUUUUGUAUUGUUUUCUUUAGGUAUGACUAUGAUAAAAGAGAUUGCAAUGUAAUUGAUUCAAUAUUGGACCCUUUGCACAUUUACCUGAAUUAUUAAAAAUGUAUCUUUACAGUCUAAUAAAACAUUUCCUCUUGAAAA